UUCGGGUUGAGGUAAAGCUACCGACGCUUUCGGGCGGCGCACACGUUCCGUUAGCUUCUCUAUUUUAAAAACUACUUGUUCGGCGAUAGCGAUAUCCGGGAAGGGACGACCGCCGACCGCGACCGCAUCGGCGCGCUGUGCCCGCUGCUCGCUGCCCGCUACUCGCUAGCGUAGCGUAGUUCACUACGCGCCGCACCGCACCGCACCACUACACUAGUACACUACCGCACCACCGAUCGUUUUCUAUGCAGUCGCAGUCGAGCUGCGUACGCGUCGCUGGCCGCUCCGCGCGCUCGCGCGUCCCCUCCCAUGCACCCGAAACAUUUUGAGACUUGUUAUUUUUGAAACUAAUCAAACGUUUAAUGAACUUAUAGUAAACGGAGUGCCUUCUCGUGCUGCGGAUGAUGUACGUCACGCAGAGGUGAUAUCAGUGGUGCAAGUUACGUUUUAUUUUGAUUAACAUGAGCGGGAGGGAAGGCGGAAAUGCAGUUCCGUCUUCGAGUGCGGGCGGAGGCGUCAUAGGCGUGACGCGGCGAGGUCGCUGCAAAUGGUUCAAUGUUGCCAAAGGCUGGGGCUUCAUCACACCGGACGACGGCGGACAAGAUGUCUUCGUACACCAGAGCGUCAUUCAAAUGCCAGGCUUUAGAUCACUUGGCGACGAGGAGGAGGUCGAGUUCGAAUGCAAGGAAUCGGAGAAGGGCUUGGAGGCGACGCGUGUUUCAGGGCCCUCUUCAGUCGACUGCCAGGGAUCCCAUCGCCGCCCGCUGUCCAAAAAACGUUUCAGGAAAAUACGUUGCUACAACUGCGGAGAGUUUGCUAACCAUAUAGCCGCCAAGUGCGCCAUCGGACCACAGCCAAAGAGAUGCCACAACUGCAAGAGCGAGGACCAUCUCAUUGCAGAUUGCCCCGCUAAGGUGGAGAAGAAGAAGGACGAGGGCCAGUCGAAGAGUUCGGGCAGUUCUUACGGCAGCCAACAGAGCAGUCCCCAGCAAUCGUAAUGCGAUACAAAACGUUUGUCUUACAUAUGUUUAAAAAAUAUCGCUAAAAAAUCUACAUUUUUUAUAUCAACUAUAUUUGACAAACGUAUAUUUUAAUGUUUGUGUUAUAUCAAAGGAACAUGGAAUAGAACUACCUCAUUUUUAAAACAUAAUUUUUAACUAAAUAAGUACAAGACUGAUGAGUACAAAUCAAUUAAUUAGUACAAAACUAUUUUAACUUCUUAAUCUUUAUGACCUAAUUUUUAACGUAACCUAAGUACAAAUUUUUGUGUUCGAGUGACGAUACCAUUUUACGUAUUUCGUAUACCCAAAGUGUGUGUUUAUAUCAUUAUUAUUAUUUUGUUACUAUAU